AUGGAGUCCUCUCAUAAUUAUCUGAGUGAAGAUGUGUUGGUUGAAAUCCUGGCGAGACUGCCCGUAAAAGCUUUGCUCCGUCUUCGGAGCGUAUGCAAAUCGUGGAAGUCGAUCAUAGGCAGCCCCGAAUUCAGGUCCUUGCACCUCUCCUCAAAGCGCCACCCCUCCAAAGUCUUGCUCACCACAAAAUACCCUCAAUUCCCGGGCCCUUGCGAGCUUGUAGAGUGGUACCUGUUGCUUGACAACGAUCACCAUCGCCCUGCCGACUCUUCCUGGUUGGGGCCUCUCGAUUUCCCUUUCGAAUACCCACGCUUCACCUCUCCCCACAUAGUGGGCUCCGUCAACGGCUUGAUAUGCGAAUCCUGUCCCUAA